AUGCAAAUAGUAGCUGGGAGAGAAUUCUACAGUAAUGAAGCGAGGGAUGAUGAUGCGGAUGAAGGGCAAUGGGAUAAUUGGUUUAGGGACACAGCCCGUGAUCUUGGAUAUGAGUUGCACAAAAAGAAUGGGGAGGUGUUUAUGAUUGUUUAUUUGAUUAAGGAAAUUUUGAUGAUGUUAAUUGGGUGA